AUGACCGCCGCCGCCAUCGCCGCGCCCACGAGCGCGUUCGGCCGCGUCUGGGCCGCCUACCUCCGCCAGCUCAGCUUGAGGCCGCUGAGGACCAAGAUGAUCACCUCGGGCACGCUCUUCGCCUUUGGCGACACGAUCGCCCAGUUUGGCAUCGAGGGACGGAGGUUUGGCGCGCCAUCGCUGGAACCUGGCGAGAGCGACAAGGACCGUGUGCUGCCAUGGGACCCGACCCGCGCACUGCGCCUUACUUGCUACGGCGGCUUGAUCUUUGCACCUCUCGCACACACAUGGCUCGGCUGGCUUGACAAGAUCAAAUAUGCUUCCAAGUUUAAGAUGUCUGUGGGGACCGUUCAUUGUGUCCAUUCCAACGGUGUCAUGGAGGGCAAGAGCCCCUCAGAGGUCAAGGCCAAGGUCGAGAUGGCCUUUGUCACCAGCUACAUGAAGAGCGUGUGCGUGUUCGCCCCCACGCAGAUCGUCAACUUUACCAUCGUUCCCCUCCCCCACCGUCUGGCAGUGCAGCAGACUGUUGGUCUUGGCUGGAACAUCUUCCUGUCGUACCAGAACAACAUCAACAACAAGCGCCUGGCCGCCGCACAGGCUGACCUCGCCGUUGCCCAGGCCGAGGAGGAGGCCGAGGAGGGCCAUCUCGCCCACGUUGCCGCCGCGCAGGCCAGCGUCGACAAGGCGCAGGCCCGCAAGGACCGCAUUCAGAACGCCGAGGGCGGCGGUGCCACGGGCGUGGGCACGCGUAUGGGCUGGUAA